AGUGUUUUUUUUUUUUUUGUGUAUAUGCAUUGUGGACGCGCCUACUCCACGCGAGAGAUUAUAAUUUUUUUUUAUUCUAAAGUUUAAAUAAACCUUUAAAUAUUAUUAAGUUUGUUAAGAAUAAAAAUAAUAUUCACACAAUAAUUAUAAAAUAAUCAAUAAAUUACCACUUGAAUAUUAAAAAAAAAAAAAAAGAAAACCCAGUGUUAAAAAUGGGAACAACAAGUAAAAAGAAGAAUAUGGAAAUUGAUUUUCAAGAUAAUAUGAUACUUUUAACAAGAAAAUAUCUAAAAAGAAAAAUUAUGUGUCCAGAGACAAAAUUUCGACAUCAUAUUAAAGAACGUCAACAUGUAUUGGAUCUUUUGAAGCGAACAGUUGAAUGUGGAGAAAGUAAUUCAGCUUUGUUAAUUGGUCCUCGUGGAAGUGGUAAAACAACACUUGUUAAUUCAGUUCUUAAAGAAUUAUCAACUAUAAAAAAUUUUAAAGACAAUGCAAUGAUUGUUAAUCUUCAUGGAUUAGUUCAUACUGAUGAUCGUUUAGCAUUAAAAGAUGCAACUCGUCAAAUGCAAUUAGAAAAUGUUGUUGGUGAUAAAGUAUUUGGUACAUUUGCUGAAAAUCUUAGUUUUUUACUUGAUUGUUUAAAAGCAGGUGAUAAAAAAAGAUCAAAACCUUGUAUUUUUAUAUUGGAUGAAUUUGAUUUAUUUUGUGGACAUCAAAAUCAAACAUUAUUAUAUAAUUUAUUUGAUGUUGCACAAUCAGCACAAUCUCCAAUAUGUGUACUUGGUAUAACAUGUCGUCUUGAUGUUAUUGAACUAUUGGAAAAAAGAGUUAAAUCAAGAUUUUCACAUAGACAAAUAUUUUUAUUUCCUGGUGAAAAUUCAGCACCAGAACAAGCAUUAAAUGGAUUUGAAGAACGUGUUGAAUUAUUUAAAUAUUUACUAAGACUUCCAGAUAAUGAAAAUAUCAAUAGGGUUGAAGAACAGUAUGAUGAUUGUAUGAUUGAUUCACAAUUUGGAACUGUUUGGAAUCAAUUUAUCGAUGAUUUAGUAUCAAAUGUUACAAUGAUUAAUAUAUUAAAAAAAAUGUAUUCACUUGAUGUUAACGAAAGAUGUUUUAGAAAUUUUUUGGCUGUUGCUGUAUCAACACUUGAUGAAGAUCAUCAAAGACUUGAAAUUAAUGAUUUUAUUGAAGCAAGUAAAAUGUUUACACAAGAUGAUAAAGUUUUAUUGCUUGAGGGGCUUUCAGUACUUGAAAUAAGUUUAAUCAUUGCAAUGAAACAUGAAACUGAAAUUUUUGAUGGUGAACCAAUUAAUUUUGAGACAAUAUUAAAUCGUUAUAAUAAAUUUGCUAAUCAAAAUUCAAGCAUUCAAUCCGUCCAGAGACCAGUCAUUAUGAAAGCUUUUGAGCAUAUUAAGAAUUUAGAACUGUUAACACCCGUUGGAGGAACAAAUACUCGUACUGAAAAAGAGUAUCAGUAUUAUAAAUUUUUACUAACUCCAGAACAAAUACUCGAUGCAUUAAAAAAUUAUCCCAGUUUACCAACUGAAGUUAAACAAUGGGCAACAAACAGUCUUCAAUAAGUAACACCUUAAUUUUUAGAAAAUAUAAAAAUAAUAAUUAAAUAAAUAAAAUCAGGAUCAUGUGCCAUUUUAUAAAUAACGGUAAGACAUAACAACUAAUAAAAUAAAUUACAAUAAUAAUGAUUAUUAUUUAAAGGAAAAAAAAAAAAACAACAAAAUAUAUAAAUUAUUAAUAAUCUAAAAAAAAGCAAAAGAAGUUUGUUGCUAUAGUCAUAACUUUUUAAUGAAUUUAUUUUUGUUUUUUUUUUUUUUUUUUUCGAUUUAUUAAGAAAAAAAAGAAAAAUUUGCUCAUAAUAAUUAUGAAUUUAAUAUUAAUUAUUCAAUAAUAAUAAGUUAUUUAAUUAAAUAGUCAAAAUAGUUGAAUAGUCUAGAAACAUAUCGAUAUUUAAUUUUUUUUUUUUUAUUAUUUAUUAUUUUUUAUUUUAUUUGUAGAUGAUUUUUUUCUUAUAUUAAUAAUUGUGUGAGAUAAUUAAUUUAUUAUGUAUAUAUAGAAAGUAAUAAUGGCAAUCUUGAGUUCCUCGUUUUGACAAUGAUUAUUAACACGUCCAUUGCAAUUCGUCCGUGAGUAACUA